AUGGCUGGAGGUGUCAUGCCUGGGAUCGCCUACUUUGUCGCCUGCCCUUCAAAGGUCAAUUGUACCUGGGUUCUAGCAACGUAUGGCGCCGCCGUCCUUGAUCGUGUAGGCUUCAUCUCGACAAACAGUAACGCUAACGACAUUGUUGUUCAAAAGCGACUUCCUCCAGGCUGUCCCGACGUCAAUGAUGGUCGCUGCAUUCUUCGACCUGCAGCAAUUAAAAGCGUCUUCAUUAUGUACCGAUUUAUAGACGGCAGAAACUACCGGGAGAAGGCAGGGCGGAUGUUUGGGUCGAUCAAGAAGAUCACCAGGACCGAAUUCGCCAUUGCUUCCAUCUCUGAUGUUACAGCUACCGAUUUGGACCACUUACCUCCCAGGGAUGAUCAAAUGGAGAGCUUCUGGCUGGCUGAGACGCUGAAGUAUUUCUAUUGGAUCUUCAGCGAACCGGACCCAGUCAGUCUGGACGAAUACGCGGUCAACACCGAGGCACAUCCCCUUCAGCGUCCGACCUAG